AUGCGCUCGUCUGUCUCAUCCUCUGUCGUGCGCGAUCUUUCUCGGACUUGUAUCCGGUGUCAACUCCGAGCUCGCCGAGCCUCAACUCUUGCAUCCUCACAUCGAGCUUCUGCACCAGCAACACCUGUACAGCGCAAUGGAGCUUUUGUAACGGCCAAUAGAGGCUCUGCGGCUGUAUUCGCUUAUUCCCGCGCCGCUUCCAGUGCUGCGCAGCCCGAGUCGCAGAGGUCUUCUUCGUUGAGUGCCCCGCCAUCAACGCACUAUGGGCUCUUCCCUGAGACGCUUCCCGAUGGUCCUCCCCCAGCAGGCCACUUCCCUAUCGAUACGCGAGCUUUGCGCCGCGAGUUCCUUCGUCUUCAGGCCCGCGCGCAUCCGGAUAUGCAUGGCUCGCAGAACAAGGCCCGCGCCGAGGCAAUGUCUGCGCUGAUAAACGAGGCUUAUAAGACACUUUCCAACCCUCUCCUACGAGCUCAGUACUUGCUCUCCCUACGAGGUGUCGAUGUCGCCAAUGACGAGACUCUCAAGGUCGAAGAGCCUGAGUUGCUCAUGCUUGUACUGGAGGCGAGGGAGGAAAUCGAGGAUGCCGAAAAAGAAGAGGAUCUAGACGAACCUCGUGCAGCGAAUGAUGCGCGUAUCGCCGAGAGUGAGCAGGUGCUGGAGAACGCAUUUCGACACGACGAUAUAGAGGCUGCAAAGCACGAGGCUGUGCGCCUGCGCUAUUGGGUGAAUAUCAAGGAGAGCCUGGAUAACUGGGAGAGCGGCAAGCCUGUAGUGCUGCAGCAUUAG